UGCCCCAUUGUUGAGCAGAUCUGCUGCAUUUCUGAUCCCUGUAGCUUGUGCAAUCUAAUUGGAUCACCUAAUUACUGAGUGCCCUCAGCUGUGAGAUGGUGAAUGCAGUCAGUCUGAGUUGAUAUAUUUCGCACACUGAAGAAGCCUGGAGGCUUUGCUCACAGUGGUGUCAAACACGUGAAGCAGUUUGGGAAGCGCAGGCUUCUUCUUCUUCUUCUUCUUCUUCUUCUUUGUGACAGUUGGUUUACUGAGAAGCACUCAGCUGAAAAUACCUGACACACGUGUCUUUUUCUUUCUUUUUCUUUUUUUUUAACUUGGUUUAGUUUAUGUCUUGUGUAUUUCAGAGCUCAAUCUCUGAGUGCAAGUUGAUACAGUGUUCCAGGCUGACAUUUCAAUUGAAUGGAUGGAAAAAUGGCUAUAGAAACUGUGAAGGUUACAAGUCUAAGAAUAGGCAAGAAAAGCCCUCAAUACUUCUGGAUGAUGUGUGGAAACUGAGAAGAAGAUGCAGAAAGGAGAUUAAAGAAAUCUUAAAAUCUACCACAAGUGCUAUAAAUAAGCAGUCAGUGAAUAAACCCUUUUGCCCAGCACAUUUUAUUGCACUACAUUUGUCCAACAUUAAUAAGAACUGACUGAUUUCAAAAACAAGGCACGAAAAGUAUAAAGCAAUUCACCGCUGUGAAGACUGUAAUGGGGCCAAAUAUUGGCAAAACUAUUUUCACCAAACUGCCUUGGUGCAAUCCCCACUUGCCCAGAGUUUCAUCAUGUAUUUUGCCGCAAACAACUCUUUCCUCUAAAGCCAAACGAAGAAGUGAUCGUUAAUAGUCUUUGAAUAAAAGAGUCUGCAACGCUGACACAAUUAGACUGCAGUGUGCCGUCUGAAGCCCUCACUCUUGUUGCUGAUUGCCAAUCUACAUCCAGAACACGCAACACACUGACACUGUGUGUGGGUGAACAUGCAGUAUAUGAAAAUAAGGCAAGAUUCAAUCAACUUUGCUCACUUUUUUCCCCCCCAUUUUCCAUAAUGCUCUUCUGCUCUGCUCUUCUACUUUCACCUUCUCUAUUUGACUGACACUAUGAUUGCGACAUAAUGAUGAGCUGAGACAGAUUUGAAUCUGUUCUCCAGAGACGAGGAAGUUCUCGCCCUUUCACUCUGGUCAAUUAUCCUUUUUUUUCUUUAAUCAGUAGUCACACGAAUCAAAUUAAAACAAAGAGGAUUAAAAUCAGCCCCACUUUUCUCUGCAAAUUAUAGACCGUGACAAAAGUUUGAGCAGAAAUGUGGGAUGAAUUCACUGGCAUUAAUCUGAGUUUGUCAUUGUCACAUUGGCUUUGGCACUCGGUGCUCAGUCUCUGUUGGAAGUUAAAGUUUGAAGAGGCUCCCUUUUGGACUUCAGGUCAGAUUUACCCCAUUUGGCUGAGAAGAGAAAAAGAAGCUUUAUCCCUUUUGUAAAAAAAAGAAUCACUUAGAACCAAAACCACCUUUCAGCAUUUAUUAUUUAUGCAGUGGUUUGUGAUCCCAAUUUGCCAUGCAAUCAUCUCUCCUGUUCCACAAUGCUGUGCCUUAAUUUCCUAAUUACAAAGUUUUCCGUUGCAGCUAUUAACAAUUGUUGUCAAGUUCGGUCAGAAACAAGUUGUCCUUAAUUUUAAGAAAGCGUGAAAGAGCCUCCUGAUCAGUAGAGUCAAAAUUUGAACCACACAGAUGGACUGUGCAGAGCUACACGUCCCUGUUGAUCCAAUGCAAAGCCUCACUUAUUGUCUCCUUCCUCUCUGUUUAACUUAAUGCUUGUUACCUGUUGGUUCCAUCUGAGUAGGAGGUGGCAACAAAAGACCAAAUGCCAUGGAUGUAUUCAAUUUCACCUACUGGAAUGCCUCCGAAGGCAAUGACACAGAAGUCGUGGAAGAGAGCGAAAGCGCCUACAAGACUGUGGAGGUGGUGUUCAUCGUGUUGGUGGCUGGCUCCCUCAGUUUGGUUACAGUUAUUGGAAAUAUCCUGGUCAUGCUUUCCAUCAAAGUUAACAGGAACUUACAGACUGUCAACAACUAUUUUUUAUUCAGCCUUGCAUGUGCUGACCUCAUCAUUGGACUGUGCUCUAUGAACUUGUACACAGUCUACAUAGUAAUCGGCUACUGGCCCCUGGGGCCGGUGGUGUGCGACCUGUGGUUAGCCCUGGACUACGUUGUCAGCAAUGCGUCUGUCAUGAAUCUUCUCAUCAUAAGCUUUGACAGAUACUUCUGCGUCACCAAGCCCCUCAGCUACCCUGUCAAAAGGACCACCAAGAUGGCAGGAAUGAUGAUUGCUGCAGCCUGGGUCCUGUCUUUCAUCCUCUGGGCACCAGCCAUUCUCUUCUGGCAGUUCAUUGUUGGUGGACGGACUGUGCCUGAGAAGGAGUGCUACAUCCAGUUCUUCUCUAAUGCCGCUGUCACUUUUGGCACCGCCAUUGCCGCCUUUUACCUGCCUGUCAUCAUCAUGAUCCAGCUCUACUGGCAGAUCUCCAGAGCGAGCAAGAGCCGCGUGAAGAAGGAGAACCGCAAGCCGUCGGGAGUGAAUCCAGAGCCCCUGUCGCCUGGCCAGAGGAGUAACAACACACCCAAACCCAACAAUAACAAUGUACCAGGAGAAGACACAGGUCGGCCCCAGAGCCAGUGCGCUGAUGAUGGAGCUAACCAGCAUGAUGGAAAGCUGCAAAAUGGCAAAGGGCCUUCCUCGACCACUGCCGAGGGAGAAACCGAGGGUGACGAGGUGGCAAGGGAGAACUGCGCCCCCGGCGAAGAGAAGGAGAGCUCCAAUGAUUCAACAUCCGGCAGUGUGGCUGCGUCCGUUCAGAAGGACGAGGAGGCGGCACCCUCCACCGCUAACUCCAGCGCAGAGACGAGCCAGCCACUCCCGCGUCAGCGAGCCAAGGCGGGGGCCUCCAAGCUGACCUGCAUCAAGAUCAAGACUAAAUCACCCAAGGGUGACUGCUACACCCCAUCCAACGCCACCGUUGAGAUCGUCCCGGCCACUGAGCGGCAGAAUCACGUGGCGCGGAAGAUUGUGAAGAUGACAAAGCAACCUCCCAACAAGAAGAAGAAAGCGGCGCCAUCACGGGAGAAAAAAGUGACCCGCACCAUAAUGGCCAUCCUGGUAGCUUUUGUAGCCACCUGGACUCCUUAUAAUGUGAUGGUGCUUAUUAACACCUUCUGCUCGAGCUGCAUCCCCAACACAGUGUGGACUAUUGGUUACUGGCUGUGCUACAUCAACAGCACCAUCAACCCGGCCUGCUACGCUCUGUGCAAUGUCACAUUUAAAAAGACAUUCAAACAUCUUCUCCUCUGCCAGUAUAAAAAUAUUAGGUCAGCCAGAUAAAUAUGAGAAGGAGGUGAAGUAUGAACUGGUUGUGUGUGUGUGUGUGUGUGUGUGUGUGUGUGUGUGUGUGUGCGUGAAACAGGUUUGUGAGCAUGAUAAAAACUGAAAGAGUCCAUUUGAAAUUGCUUUAAUCCACUUAAUCAUUUGUUUUAUCAUAUUUCUCUCUCAAUAACCGGUUGUAGCACUUUACACAAAUUCAACUGAUGCCAGUUGCAUGAGAUGUGUCGUGCAGAAGCAGCAAAGAUAAGUAGGGUUGUGAAAAAUUUCUGAUUUAUUCAGUGUAGUAAGCAAAGGUGUGUAAAGCAACUUGCUCAGUGACACUGAGCUGAUAAAAAAAAAAAGAAAAGAAAAGAAGAGCGGAGGAAGAUCUGCGCUGUACGAAAACACAAGACAACUUCAAAAUGGGAAAAUAGGGCUGACUGAAUUUACAAACCUCAGAAGUUUGAAGUUCAGUGAAGAUACCUGUAGAUAACUGUACAUAUCAGUGUAUACUCAAUGUUUAUGUGAGUGCACAUGUGGGUGUGUGCUGGUUGCGAGUAUGUGUGUUCACCCGCCUUCCUCCUUUUUUCUGUCCGUCUGUGGACCUCAUCGUGGCACGUCCAACCAGCAACAUGCACAGUAAAGUGGGGCAGCUUGUGUUGAUUGCCUCUGACACACACACACACACACACCUCUGUCACAUCAGGGCUGGAUGCUGUCCCAUCGACUGAUGAGCCCCUCUGGGAAACGAGUCGCCAUUAACACAUGAUAGAUAAAUAAAUACAUUAAUGCUGCGUUAAGUGAGAAUGUUUUUGUUGUUUGUUUUUUUUUUAGAUUUCCAUGAUGGACGCACACUCAACUACAAUUCAGUGUUUUGAUUUGAAAGAACAGUUUGAAAUUUUGGGAAAUUUGCUUAUUCAUUAUCCUAGUGAAGCCAGGACAAAUUUAGCUCAGCUUAGCAUAAAGACUGGGAGCAUCAAACUCAUUUUAUCUCCAAAACCAAGUUGUGGUUUUACACGUGUUUAUAUGUGUGGGAAUAUUUUACUUUUUUUAAAUUUAAUUAUUUUUGUUAGAAAGCAAAAAUUCAGUAAGUCAGUGCACCUGGCAAAGAAAUGAUCCCUCACAUAACCCAUGUGAAAGCCAUAACUUGUUGAUUCCACAUUUGGGUUCUUUAUCAGAGAAAACUCACUCAGUAUAACCUGCCGUGUAUCAUUAAAGAGUAUCACCAAAAGAGUCUAAGAGCAACAAGAGUAAACAGCCUCAAAAUAAAAAGACAAAAGUGAGAUGAGAUUGUUCAGUCGCUCUCUUUGAUUAGCCAGCCGUUCAGUCCGCAUCAUGUCAGCUUUUACAUCUGCUGACGGGGUGUUUGAUGUAUAUUUUAUGCUGUUUGUUAAGAUGUUUGCUGUUCACCAGUGCUAACUCGGCGAGUGAAACAGGUGGCUGGAGCUCAGAGUCUGUGGCUUAUUGCCGUCAGUGGGAAGGCAGUGUGUCGGGGGCUUUUACUUCCUUAAGUUUUUUCUUCUGUGUGUGUGUGUGUGUGUGUGUGUGGAUGAAUGAGAGAGGUCAUUUGAUUCAUAGAUUGAUGCGUACUGUACUGAUGAUGAUUGCGAAGAUCUCUGUGUGUGUGUGUGUGUGUGUGUGUGUGUGUGUACAUGCUGACAUGUGUGUUUGCUCCAGGAGUGGAGUUUACUUCUGAUCACGGGUCACGACUCUGUGAUUUAAAUAAGGGCUAGUUCCGCGUCUUUACUGUUUCUGUAAACUACCUUCUUCUUUCUCUCUCUCUCUUUUUUUUUUUUUUUGCUUUAACGAGCGAGUUAAUUAAUUCCAUGUGAAUCGUUAUAUUCUUAAAUUAAAAAUAAUAAAUAGUCGUGCUUAUUUUAAUCACAAAAGAAAUGAGAAAACAUCAAUUUACUGUAAGACGUGUUCUGUGUAUUCAUGCAUGUCAUCCAUCAUUUCAACCUAUUAGACAAUUCUCAGUUACAUUAAUGUAUGCUCACCAGUAGUAGUGAUGAAUAUGCAUGAGAAUUUUCCAUCAGGAGGCUGCCACGCUUGCUGGCAGGGGGGCUUUGCACAGAAUUAUGCCUGCAAAGACCAGCUCCUCAAGGCUGUCUCCUUUUUAAAGAGAGAUGUGGGACAGAUCCUAUAAUGAAAACUCACCAUGAGGCUGAUCAGAUUACGGGACAACGUGGAACACCUACAUUUGAGAUUAAAGAUUGCCCAUUACACGCUCAGCUUGCGCCUGUAUGCUGUGCAACCAUGGCCCACUUAGUGCUCCACACAGCCCUGAUCCUGUUAUAGUCUCUGCCUCAUAUGUGAGGUCGUGAAUGUAAUGUAAAUAUCACAUGUACAUUCAUUAGCUUCUCUUCUUGACUCUCUCCUCCACUCAUUCUAGCCUCCCCCCUGCUAUGUUACGCCCUACAGCUCCUACAUGUGCAGAGACAGUAUAGGAUAAACAUCCAUGCGCUUGCAUUCAAAUUUCAAAGGUGUAGACACAAAAAUGAAUGACAAGUUUGCGAGUCCUUUGUGGGUCACCGACAGCAAAAAUUCUGCGUUUAAAACAUCUCGAGCGUGAAGCUGUACCUCAGUGGUUGAAGAUAUGUUCAAAUUCUAAACAGGAAAAAGGAAAUAGUUGCAACAUCACAUUGUAAGACUACUCUAUUAUUACUCCAGUCCUGCAUUCAAAAUUAUAUAAAAUAAAUUAGUUUACAGUCAAAAUCUCAGCUGAUCUGUUUCAUCACAUCAAUGUGGAUGUGCUUUGAUCAGAUUUGAUUGAUGGAGGCCUGGUGACUCGAGAAAACCAUUCAGCCACUUGCCAGCAGUCAUCAGAUCUUGGUUCAAAUGUUGCUAAAUUCCAUUUGGUCCUUACUUUUUUUCCCACCAAUAUUAUUGCCUAAUAUUGUGGCAUGUAGAAGUAUAAAGUAGCUGAAAAUGACAAAAAUUAAAGUACAAGUACAUUUAAAAUUUUACUGUAGUAUUUGAGUGAAUGCACCACUGCUGCACGUACACGGAUGGUGUGUGCUGAUCUCUCCAAGCAGGAACUGAGGCAUCCAUCCAAGUUCAACAUCCAACCAUCCGUCACGGUGAUAAGUCGAGCCAUUUCUGUCUGACAUCUGUCACACAUCUCGGUGGUGGGUAAAGAGCCGUCCAGAAUAUCUGAUUAAUCUUUGCUAAGCUGUCGUUUGAGUGAUACCAGCAGGAGAGUAAGUGGCUCACAGCUCAAGCGGAGGUCCAGGGGUCCCAGUUUGAGCAGCUGCUUGGGUGUUUGAUGGAAGGUGAUGGCAGUUUAUCACCUCCUGGAGCGGGGAAAAGGCCAAGAUGCAUCUAAAAGAACAGAAGUGCUUACUGUGGUUAUCAAGACGCCGUGCAACUUCAAACAUCAGGAGCAAAGUUCUUCUAAACAGUCUCGUUCCUCUUCCUCCUGUUGCCAAGUUAUUGGAGCAGACGAGAACAAAACAUUCUCGUAUCAGGCGUUGCCUUUUGUGUUGGAAAGUGAAACGGGGAGGGGAGUGUGGGGGUGUGGAUGAUGUGACACAAAAAAGGGGCUCGUGACAUAAUGUGAAAGCGUCGGUGGGUGACAUUGAACGAGAACGGCUGUCAUGCACGUGAGGGAGAAAUGUGGCUGAUCGCCCCUGAGGUGUACACUUUUGUACGUAUGAAACAGAUAAGAGAGAGAGAGAGAGAAAAGGGGUGAGGCGGGGUGGGGGUUUGUCAGUGACAAAAUCCACAGCUAGAGGAUCACGCUGCAUGUGGACCAUGUUUGGAGAAGUCGCAGCCGUUCUGGGCAGGUCAGCCAAGGGUUUUGCUGCAGGAAUUUGAGCGUCCCAGAUGAAACCUGCCGCCUGGUGUAAACACAGUGUGAUAUGGCACUGUUUACCAUCGCUCCUGUGCUUUUAUUGAGUCUCAUUCUUGUGCUGCGCAAUCAGAAUCCACCAUUUCUCACUGACUGUGUUUAUUAUGACCUUCAUGUAUCCAUAAGUCCAUUCUAAUGCGUAUAGGCCCACGAACAGGACGUGUAUUGUGAUGUUCAUCUGUCUAAUAGGACUAGAGUAAACAUUGUCUCUAUUGUAAUCAACAGAUCAUAAUGUGCCGUCAGAGCUAGCUGGGCUCCUCUUCAUACGGCUUAUGUCAAAGGGCUAAGCUCCUUUUACGGAGUACAUGUGACAUGUAACGUUUGUCAGAGACGACUUCAAAUUUAAGGUUUCUCUGGCUUCGCUCUUGGGGCUGUUGCCGAGAAUAAUCUCAACAAUCUUGUGCAGUCGAGCAGAAGUGAAGGCGCACGCAGCAGCCUGUGCAUGCUGCGAGUUUUACUGGGAAAACUGUAUAUCGCCAGAUUGUACAGAGCAAUUUGAAGUGCCUUAUCCAGAGUGACAUACACAAAUUGCUCUUUUACCCUGAAAUCCCCCGCUGUAUCCUGAGCGCGCCUGUGCUGAAUGUUGUAGACGGUGCUGCAGCGUGGCAGCACGUUUAACAGCGUGUUAUUCAGCCUUCCCAAAUUAACUUUUUUUUCCACCCCCUUCUUUGUUAAAGAUGUUGUGUUUGUCGGCUCUGAGCUCCCUUUACUUUAAUUUCCAUCUUAACAGCCGCGGCCUGAUUGCAGAGGCAACGAAAGUUUGGACUGAACAAUCUGAACUCAUCAUCUCGAUGCCCUCUAAAAUAAUCUAUCAAAAACUGUACAGUGUGCAGUCACAGCAGUGACAUAUUUCAAUAUUAUCCUGGAGGCACAGUGGGCUAUUUUGGGUGAUUUUCCAUCUGCUGUGUGUGUGUGUGUGUGUGUGUGUGUGCAUGUGUCAACACAUUUGUCAUGUGGGAAAUUGUGCUUUCCUGUGAAACCCUGCGUGUCUGUCAUUAUAUGUAACAUCAGUGCUGUUGUGUGUGUGUGUGUGUGUGUGUGUGUGCACGCGCAUGCAGUUUACUGUGAGGUGUUCUAAAUGGCAUCCUCAGCAUGAAGACAUCAGAUUGGACGAAACGUUGUGGCACACAUCAGGGAAGACGCACACAGUGUGAUUGUUUCUGUCAUCACUCCUUCCUCUACAAACAGUCUUUCAAUAGCAACAGGCUUCCAAAGACUCACUUAGACACAGCUUUGCGUGGUACUGGAAUACGUAUAAAUACAUAAUAUUGUACAUUUUCUAUCACAUUUUGUAAACUUGUUUCUUUCAUCAUUGUACAAAGUACAUAUUUAGUAUUGCAAACUGUUCAGUGUACAGACAGAGAGAUUGUUGUUUGUUUUUUUGGGGUUUUUUUUGGUUUGAAAUAAAAAAUGUAAUUUAACAUCUAUAAAGAUGUGAAUAUUAUGGUUUAUGGAAGUGUUUUAAAGAUGAUGAUUAUAAAGUAAGAAGGUAUAAAUAUUGUAAAUGUGCAUUUCUUGGGGGAAGAUUUCUUAAGAAAUGGGAUUGCAGCCUUGCAAAAUGAGCAAACGGAUCCAAACUUUUAAAUUUGGGAGCAGCGAACCAGGAGUGACUUUUACAGCCAGAAAAGGUGAGGAGAGAAAGAGCAAACCUGGAGCCCUGCAGCAGGACAAAAGCUAAAACUAGUUUCAAAAUGACCCAAAGGCCCAGAGGCAAGUGCUUCAUUUCACCUGUAAAUUUACAAGGCCUCGAACUCACCUUGGAAGAAGCUGCUCGUCUGCUAUUUCACCGGACACACUUUAUAACUUUUGCAAUUUUAACAUCCUGAAGGUUUUUUUUUUUUUUGGUUUGUUAUUUGUUUUUUUCCCCGGCCAAAAUGUUGGGCGUUGAGCUGAUUGACCCAGUGUGAACUUCAAGGGUGGAUUUAAAACAAAAUCAGCAAACAAGAAAAAAAGACAAAGAAAAAAAGAAAAAUCAGUAGCCUGCUGCAAGUGUUAACGUUAAACACAAGUGUCCAUUUUUCAUUUGCUUCUGUAUGUAGAUGUUCAUUGUGUGUUCACUCACUGUGGCUUGUGGCUUCUCUCGCAAUAGGAAAAAUAAAUUUAAGAGUCUAUUGUUUGCUUUGUAUAUAUCUAUAUGACAAUACAUUAUAUGUAAGUCAGAUGUGGUACAUUUGAAAUGUACAUACACGUCUUCAAUAGCUAUUAUCUGAAUGUCCCCUCCCCCCAAUCCCCCAAAAGCCCCCCCCCCACUAUGAUAUUUCCUGUACACUAACAAUGGUAUUGAUUUCCUUUUUGAUGCAUUCUUGAUUGAUUAUUUGUUCUGGACAAUGAAUCUGAGUGUUGCUGUCACUGGCCAACCUCAGACACUGUAAGAUGAACUGCAUCAAGUGGUUACAUUUGUGCCAUAUUCUCUCAGAAUGAAAUUCAAAUAAAAAUAUAUCAA